GAAGAAGCAACCCCUGUGGUCAGCAUGUUUCAAUCCGUGGAAGCGACCAAAGCAGAUACACAGUAGCACAAUAGUUUUUGUCUUAAUUUAACUAAAAUUUAUAGGCUACGUCAAAAAGUAGAAUUUCUCUUUACAUGACUAUAACGUCAAGUACACCAUGGAAAAUGCUUUUUUUGUUUUGUUUUUAAGGGAUCCAUCGUUUGAGUUGCAACCUGGAAAAGGACAGGAAAACAUUACUGAGGUUGAUUCUCCUAUUUCUGCGGCAGCAGAAGAGAUUUCAAGAGAUGAAACGAAUAUCUUGGUACCGGAACUAACAAAUCCAGAUACAGAAUGGGCGAUUCCAGAUGCAGAAUCAUUGCUUCUGGCUGAGGAGGCGAGCCCAGAACCAGAAACGGCUACAUCAGUUUCAGAAGACGCACAUGCAUCCGCCGAAUCGGCAAUGGAACUAAUGUCAUUGCACUAUGUCGAUGACGAAGAAGCGACAAGCCCGGCAGCAGAGCCAAUAGAUUUGUACGAGAAAGAAACUAAACAUUCGACUGGCGAGCCAAUCCAUACACCUGAACAACCAAACUAUCCGAUUAUGCAACCAACGAGCCUGGAUGAAGGAACAACAUUACUGACAGCAACUGCUAUGGCUACGGAGAAAAUAGCAGCGGCUGCAGAAACGGGAAUUCCCAUUACGGAAUCAACAACUCCGGCUGCAAAUACGAUCAUUGCGACUGCAGAAACAACCGCACAGGCUGAAAGAACGAUUACUCCUGUAGAAACAACAAAUGUGGCUGCUGAAACAGUUAUUCCGGUUAGAGAAACAACAUCACAAAUCGAAGUUAUGACGCAUUCAUUUGCAGAACUGGCCACCUUGAAAACGGAAAGAAUUCCGGCUGUAGAAACGGCAACAGUAGAGCCAACAAAUCCGGUGACCCAGGAAACUAAGAUUGUAGAACCAACAACUCUGGCUGCAGAAGCCACAAGUAUCGAUGCAAAAACUAUUACGACAACAGUAGCAUCAUUUAUUGAACCGACAACUAGAGCUCCAGAAACAAUUCCGGCUAAAGAAACUGUAAUGGUUGCUGUAGAGCAGAUGACACCGACAUCUCCGGAUGCAAAACCCAUGACUUUAGUUUCAAUUCUAGCAAAUCCAUCAACAGAGCCAGAAUUGGUGUCUACAAAUCCGAUUCCAGGUAUGGGAGUGACAACUGUAAAUGCGGAAUCAUUGAUUUCGUCAACCGAACGAUCAGUCACAGAAAGUACAGUUUUGGCUGGGGAAACAAUGACCCCUGCCGCAAUCAGCGUCGUUACAAAAGAGAUCGUUCCGACAAUGGAAAUGACUGCACCCGUCGCCCUAAUAACAAAUUCAGUUGCAGAAAAGACAAAUUUGACUGCAGAACAAAUUUCAACUGGUGAACAAACGUCGGUGGUAACUAUGGAUCCAAUACGCCCUGCAACUCUGGAGGCAGAACUUUCCCGUACGUCUGAAAAACCAGCAAUUCCUUCCGUAUGGCCAGCCUCAUCGUAUCCUACGGAAACAAUUUGGGGUGGAGGAUCAGCAACACCGUCUUUGGAGUUAGCCAUUCCUUCCACAGAGUCAGUUACUCCGGCUAAAGUACCAGCCACUUCUACUGCAGACCCAGCUACUCCGACUGUAGGGCCAACAAUUCCUGCUACAGAGCCAGGUACUGUGACGUCAGGGCCAGAUACACCGACUGCAAAAUCAGUCACCCCUUCCAUAGAGCCAGUACCAUCUGCUCCGGCCUCAGGACCAGCAAAUCCGGCUGCAGAUGCAUCUACUCUGGCCCCAGAACCACCUACUCCGAUGGCAGAAUCGACCACUUCAACUGCAGACCCAGCUACUCGAGUGGUAGGGUCAACCAUGCUGGCUACAGAAUCAGCUACGUCGUCUGCAAAUCUAGCUGUUUUAGCUUCAGAACCAGCUACUAUGGCCGCAGAACCAGCCACAUCCACGGUCCAAAGAACCACUUGGGUCCCAGAGCUAGCUACUCAGACUGCAGAGUUAGCUACUCUCAACUGCAUUACCAGCUAUUCAGGCUACAGAGACAACUACUCCGGCUGCAGAGUCAGCUAGCUCGUC